CAAAAUUUGAACGAAAGCCAGAUGAAACUCAUUGUCAGUCGGUGAGCAGUAACCACAGUAUCCUAACGUAAUUUGGAAAGUUAUUCAGUGAGAUGCAAAGAACGACCAUCGCGGUGUUCAAUGCGGUUCUUCUCUUAGCUUUAGUGCCCAUGCUGGCAGCCAAUCGGUGUGUUGGUCGUCCAGAUGGUUUUUUUGCAAACGAUUUCAGAGCUUGUGAAGCAUUUUUCACAUGCGUUCGUGGAGCGUCAGUACCAGGUCGUUGUCCCGAUGGAUUCUACUUUAAUGAAGAGCGGCAAAUUUGCGAUAAUCCGUGGAAUGUGAUAUGUCUGAUCUGUGAGGAGAACUUGGAUGGUACCAAUCCAGUUGUUGAGUUUUUCCCAAUCGAAAGAGAAUGUCGAAAGUACACACUAUGUGCCGAGGGUGUGGGAUUCCUGAGGGAGUGUUCGCCUGGAUUGAUGUUCGAUCCUGUAUCGCGUACUUGCGAUCUGGAAGCAAAUGUGGACUGUGUGGAGAAUAUUUGUCCCAAUAACAUCAAUCCCGAGGAGGCCAUAUUGGUUCCCGAUCCACAGGACUGCGCCCGAUACUACAUAUGCUUCCGAAGAGAGCCUCUGGGAUCGUCUCAUGCGUGUAACGAUGGUCUCCUGUUCGAUCCCAUCAAUUGGCGUUGCGAUGUGGCGGAAAAUGUAGAGUGUGAGGUUGUCACCGUGCCACCAGAGCUUACCGAAUGUCCUCCCACUGGAUUGCAUUACAUCCCUCAGGCCGGAUCUUGCACGACUUACUUCAUCUGCUUCGAAGGAGACAGAAUUGGUCCGUUGCAGUGCGCUGAAGGGUUAAUCUUCGACAUCAAUACCCGAAACUGUCGACCGCGAUCGGAUGAGGGUUCACAGUGCGUAACGGAUCCGCCACUUGAAGUUUUUGGAGUUCGAUUGAAUUAAAAUGAUAUAGCUUCUGUUCGGAUUUUGCAUUGUCAAUGAACUGUUGAAACUAAUGAAAUGUAACAUUCCACCGAA